AUGGUUCUUUCUGAGGCAGAGCUCAGGAACCCCGGACCUCUGGGCGGCACAGACAGGCCUAGCUCCAAGGCCAAGGGGUCACCAUUGGUGGGAGAGAGCGAGUCCCAUGGGGGCAUGGUCCCCGAAGCUGCUCCUGGACGACAGCUGUGCCGAGGACCAGGAUGGGGAGCUGGAUGGGCUGUGGACCACCAUCUCAAUCUUCAUCACCCUCUUCCUGCUCAGCGUGUGCUACAGCGCCACCGUGACCCUCUUCAAGGUGAAGUGGAUCUUCUCCUCGGUGGUGGAGCUGAAGCGCACGAUCGCGCCCGACUACAGGAACAUGAUCGGGCCGGGGGCCUAGGGCCAGCCCUCUUGGGCGGGUGUCCAGGGCUGCCCUUGACCCCACACAGGAACCGGGUGCAUCCGUUCAUGCCGCUCGGCCUGCUGCCAGGCCCGCUCUCUGCCCUCCCCCCGCGACCCUCUGACCUCACAGCCACCCUGGGCCUGCACCUCCACCCUCGGCUCGUGGACACCAUGGGCUGCAUCUUGCCCCUGAACCCCCGUUUGGAGACUCAACACGACAGCCGGCUGUGCCCCCAACCUGAGCUGAUGGACACAUGCUGACCCCUCCUCAGCAGCCACCAAGAUAGUGCUGGGGCCACAUAAGACACUGAGGCAUCAGGGCAGGAUGGCCCUCACCAGGACGGCCCUGGGGUCGGCGUGCAUGGUCAUCCUGGAGGAGGUGGGGGGCUGAUGAUCCCAGUGUCUCUCUGGGCAGGGCCCAGCCUCUGUGCAAACGCCAUCCAGGCCAGGCUCCAGAAGGCAGGACAUCCCCAGAGCAGGCACGUUGUCUAAGAUCCUGAGGAAGCCGCGGGCCACCAUCACCCCACAGAGAAGUUUCUGACAUGCCACGAAUGGUCAGUCAGACCUUUUCCAUGGCAGGAGAUCAUGCAGAGAAGGGCCCAGACCUGUGGUCACUGCAGGAGCCCCCCGGGGGCAGGGCAGCACCAUCUGGGGAAGAAGGGAUGGCGGUCAGACUGGCCUCCUGCAGAGGGGCCUGGUGACCUGGUCCCAAGGCUGAUGGGAUGCAGCCUCAGUGGACAGAGGUGGACGGGUGCCGGGAGGCCAGGACACAGGCCCAGCCUGCACCAUCCUGUGCCCAGGACCCGAGUCACACUGAGCAGGAAUGCCUGCUUGCUCUGGGGAGCAGGGGGCAGAGACAAGAUGACCAGAGAGAGCCCCCAGGCAUUCGGGCCUGAGACAGGUGGACCCCUAGGCCUGGUUCUCACCUGGUCAUUGAGUGAGUGCCCGGUCAGAGCCCCUACAUGGGAGAGACGGCCGUGCAGGAGCCCCCAUGCCCCCGGGAGAGAAUGCGCAAGGGAAACCCGUGGUCGUAGCUUGGGUAGCUUGUUUCUUCUUUUGAAAUUUCUGGAGCGCAGUAAUGUCCCUUGUUGUUUCUUCGCUUUUUCUUCGAUGACAAUAAACUA